AUGGUUCCAACGUGCCUUCUCCUGCUACUUUAUUACACCGUCGAUGAGUCACCCAGCUGGCUUUUGGAGACCGGCAACGUCAAAGAAGCCGAGCGCAUCGCUUUGCGUGCGGCAAGUAUAAACAAGGUCUCCCCAGAGCACUGCCGAGAUCUCAUGGCAGCUCAGGCAGCGGCGAUUAAGGCUCGUAGUCGGGAGGCUGGAAAUAGCAGCGGUAUCUGCAGCCCACAGUUCAGAGCUUGCACCAUUACCAUGUGCUAUAUGUGGGCUGCGAUAAGCUACGCCUUCGACGCCUUCGUCGUUAACGACGGUGUUCCCGUCGGGGAAACCACAACAGCGUUGAGUUUCAUCGUGGCCUUCAGUGUGCCCGUGGUCUCGUCGCCGUUCAUUACUACCUUCGGCUACAGGAACACCGUGAGCACCUCCGCACUCGUCUUUGCCGUAACACUGACCAUCCUGGCCACUGACCCACGGGAGCAGACUGCGUUGCGUGAUUCGCUCGUAAUUUUAAUGCGCGCAACUGGAACCGCGUGCUUUGCGUUCUAUCUCAUCAUAUACGUCGUCGCGUACCAGGUCAUGACCCGCUGCCUAAGUCUCUCCGUGGGUCUCGCCUUCAGCCGCUUGGGUGAUACCUUGGCCCAGAUGAGUCCAGCGCUGCUUGGUGGCCGCCGUACAACGUUGCAGCUUGCCAUUGCUGCCGCCUUGAUGUCACUUUUUGUGGUGGGCGCCGAACUUGCGCCCUGCCACAUUGACGUUAGGCAGCAAUACCAAUUAGCGCACCGCAAGAGCUCCGGCCUCGUAACAAGCGAGGAUAGGAAGCGCGCCAUGCAAGAGACACUGGUGCGUAUGCCAACGGAGGCCGUGAAGCACCGGGGCACCCCCAUCACGAAGGACAGAGCAACAUCAAGCGACAUACCAUUAGGAACAACUCCCGAAAAGACACACUAG